GAUAUGAAAUCGCUGCAAGUACAGUUGCAAAGGGAACGAGCCUUACGUGAAAAUGCAGAACGUGAGCUGCACCAAUUAAAAGGAUAUGCGUCGGAUUUGACUAGAAAUCUACAAUACUCAUAUUGGGUGAUCUCCCAGUUGCAGCAGGCGAUAAGGUUAAAUAAUUUAAAUCAAGCACAAACCGUGGAAGCCUCGGAACUGCAAGAGAAAGUAGAUCGAUUGCAACAAGAAAACGAUUUGCUGAGAAAAGCUUUGCAGACAAGCGAGGUAAAAGUUGAAUGCAAAAGUGAAGAGAAGUUGACGGAUGGUGGUUUCGAUGUUAAUGAAAUAUAUGGAACGAAGAAUGAGUUAUUGUUGAUGGCCCUCAAUUAUGAUAUGACCAGUAGACCGAAGGAGUCGACUACUACUACUAGUUCAUGA